UAAUGGAGGGGUGGUGGCUGAGCAGUAAAUCGCUUAUUGGCUUCUGAAUGGGAGUCCUGGGUUCGAAUCUUGAAGACUGGGAUUUUUUAUUUUGGGAACUUUGGGCGCCUCUGAGUCCAUCCAGCUCUAAUACUAAUGGGUACCUGACUAGUUACUUAUUAGUUGGGGAAAAGUAAAGGCAUUUGGUCAUUGUGUUGGCCAACACACCUUUGUUGGCCACAGAAUCAGAUGACCUGUGACCUUUACAUCAUCUGCCUUAUAGUCCACAAGGACGAAAUGGCACAAAUAGUUGAAGCAAAGCAAAUCUUAUAUUUUUCCAACACAGAGCUGCAGCAUCUUACAAAUAUUUCUUCUGAUAAUAUUCUGAAACUGAAAGAGAAAGUAGCUGAAAGAUACAUACAUCAAAGAUGCAAUAAUGCUUUAAAUAUAUAUCAGAAAGAAGUCCCUCUACAAUUACAACAUUGGAAACUGUCUACAGCAUGUAGAACUAUAGAUUCAAUCUUGAGAGGUGGCAUAUUGUCUGGAGUACUGACAGAAAUAACUGGAGAAAGUGGGUGUGGAAAAACCCAGUUGUGUUUACAGUUAUGUAUCAGUGUUCAGUUUAACAAGGAAAGAGCUGGAGGCGCAGUGUUUAUUUGUACUGAAGAUGCUUUUCCCAGUAAAAGAUUACAGCAGAUGAUUCAACAUUAUGGACAGUUCUUACCUGGACAGAAUCUAGGAGAUAAAAUAUUUGUAGAGCAUGUGGCAGACUUUGAUACUUUAGAGUUUUGUGUGAAGAAGAAAUUACCAACACUUAUAAAUAGAGGACUGAUUCAACUAGUAGUUCUUGAUUCCGUCACAGCUUUAUUCAGAUGUCAGUAUGACUCAUCUCAGUUGCUAAACAGAGCAAAACACCUCAUUGAAUUUGCAUCAACUUUACGCCAACUUGCUCAUCAAAACAGCAUAAUUGUCGUUUGUGUCAAUCAGGUUUCAGCCAAUAUGAACAAAAUAGGCUUGCAAGAUAGUGAUGUUGUACCAGCACUGGGUCUAACUUGGUCUAACCAGAUGACUUGUAGAAUACUUCUAUCACGGUUUACCUACCAUGAGGAAUAUACUGAUGACUCUGGUCAAGCAAUGUCUAGGAGGAAACUGAAAGUGAUUUUUGCACCGCAUUUAAGACAAUCAGAGCUAGAUAUACAAAUAUCUGAUUGUGGAAUUCAGGGAAUAAAACCUCAGUUUGUGAAUACAUAGCUCGGACUAUUUAAUAUUGUUUUUUUUGGACAUGUAAAGUUGACAUCCUUGACUACACCAGUAUUCAAUAAAGUAUUUUAUAAAUUGC